AUGGGCCAGAACGCUUCAUCAAGGUCUGCAGAGUCUGUUGAAGGUCGACUUAUAUUUAGGGAUGAAAAGGAAAUAUUGGAAUUUUUUGACAAUCAAGCUGUGCGGCAAUUGCAUGGGCUGGAGCUAGUUGCAUUUCAAAAUAAUAUAGGUUUAGAUGCUGACCUCAAGGAUUAUUUGAGUUGUGAGUUUUUGGUGCAAUUGUGCAAGCUUCCCCGUCAUAAAUAUGGUUUCGUGAAGGUGUUUUAUCAAAUGAUUGGAAAUGCAAGCAAGUUUCCACUGAUGGGUGGUGGUGCUGGAGAAGAUGUGCCUACUUUUGUGGGCCUGGUUAAGGCCUGUUUACUCUUUGACUAUAAGAAACUCCUGAAGUAUGCGCAAUGUAAAACGUAUGAUCAAGUUUCUUUGAUAUUCAUUUUAUUGGCGUUGGAGCCUCAUGCUAAGGUUAGUAAGAAGGAACUUGGAAGACCUCCAUCGUCUUAUGAUGCUAGAAAAAUUAUGGAAUCGUUUAAUGAUAUAAAUCUUGAAACUAUUGAAGUCUCAGCUGACGACUUGCUACAAUUUAUGACCUUUCUUUUGGUGAUUACCAAAUAUUGUAUAUUUGAAAAUGUUGAGGUGAAUCCAUCCAUAUAUGAAAAUUGGAAAGAUUACGAAUCGCAGGCGUUGAAUAUAUUGCGAACUAUGAACCCAUGCAUUGUUAGUUAUUCGGAUGCUGCGAAAAAUGUGGUAACUUUGGCACAGUUUAAGGAUUGUAUAACAGCUGUUUGCCCAAAUUUGCUCACACCUCUUGGUGUAUUCAUGAAGCAUGUACUUUACAAGUCUGAACAUCUAGUCUCAGACAGUGGUGCCACAAUUAAUGAUCGAUCAUCGACAGUUAUGACAGACCCCUUAUUAGCUCAACUUUGCACCCUGUGGCCAAAACAUAUAAUAUAUCAGAAUUUGAAAAAGUUAUUCAUUGCUAAGCAAUCUGGAUUUUCGAUUCGUUCUUUCCAGGCUAAGGUAGUCAAUUGGAUGGCUCCAUCUAUAUUACUUGUGAGUGGGAUGAAAAUCAUGGACGAUUCCAAACUAUUGGCCAAAAACCAAAGAUAUAAGAGCUUCUUGCAAGAAUAUCCGAAACUAAAAGAUGAAGACCAGAAGGCAGAUUCCAUCGUUGGCGGGAAACGUAAAGUUACCUUUGCUGUGUUUGUGCAUGAAGCUUGGAAAGUUACCAACAAGGAGCAAUUUGGAAAUUUGAAAACGUUAAUUUUGCAACUCUCUCCACGACAAGAAGUAUUUCAAGCUAGUAAGAAUGGUAAUAUAUAUUUCAAUACAGUUGGAGGUGGUAUCGGAAUAGGCAAUUCUCAACCAGUAAUAAAAUCUUCAGGUAAGAAAUAUUUUCCAGGAAAUGUUUCAUUGACUAUAGAUCCAUCAUUUGAGUUUGGCGUUUUUAGAAAUGUGGGCCAUGGCGGAUCUAUUUCCCCAGGGAAAUUAUUUUUAGAGCGACCUGAUGUUGAACAGAGUUUGGAGUGUAGGUUCAUUAUUCAAGAUGUAGAAGUAUGGGGUUGCGGUGGGGACAAAGAGUUUGAAGCCCAGCUUAAACAGUGGGAAUGGGAAGAAGCUGAAUCUGAGAGGAGGCAAUAUAUUAACUUAAGUAGCAUAGGCGAAGAUAAAGCUUUAUUAGAAAUGGUAGGGUUGGUUGGGCACCAUCAAAGUGGUGGCUCAUUGUAA